AUGAGACUCUUCCGCCUCCUUGCCCUCGCCGUAGUCGGCACGGUCCUCGCCCAGGACACCUUUGACGACCGCCAAGUAGACUCGGACGACUCCUUCGACGUAACCAGGGGCUCUGAUCGUCACAAUAAGACGAGAACCGGCCCCCAUCCCAAUGCCAGCAGCGAACCGACCAUCCUCAAGUGCAUAGAGAUCAGGGAACUCACCCGGCUCAUCAACAUAGCCAACAAUGCGACCCGCCUCAACCGCACGACCCACGGCGACGCCACCAAAGCGGCCGCCAUCAAGGCCGAGGCAUCCAAAGCGGCCCCGACGCUCAACGACCUCAAGGGCAACUCGACCCUCGUGGCGUCAUGCCAGCAGUUCUUCGCCCACGAGGACAUGGUCGAGCGGUGCGUGCGCAUGCACUACUACGAGCGGCUUGAGAAGCUGGCGGCCAACGCGACUCUCCUGGACCACAAGUUCCACGGAGACGCGGCCAGGAUCUCGGCGGUCAAGGCCGAGGCUACCGCCGACGCGAGCAAGCUGUCCAGGCUGUCGAGUAAUGCGACGCUGACCCAGUUCUGCGCGGCGAGGCGGGACCACGCGCGGUGUUUGGAGCUGGAGAAGCUGCAGAAGGAGGUUGAUAAGGCUCAGAACGCCACGUCGACUCGUGGCGGGGCCGGCGCGGACAAGACGCACAAGGGACAGGCGGAGGCCAGCAGUGCUGCCGCCAGGCUCGAUGCGCUGAAGAGCAAUACCACGCUUGUGAAUUACUGCAACUCCCAUCGUGAGUAA